UUAUAACAAUGUCAAAAUCCUCCGAAUUGCGCGGGAAAAGGUUUAAGUUCUCGGGCCGGAUCGCACACAUCCACGCACUGUAUUGAUUUAUCUCUCUAUCUCUCAAAAAUAGAAAAAUCUCACACCUGCAAAAUCCUAGGGUUUCCAUCUGCUCAAUCGAACAACAUUCCUAUCGCAUUUCAAUGCUCAGAACCUUUCCAUCUCCACCACUCACAUGUACACGUAUACACACAGAUCUUAUACGGACACGUAUAAGAAACCGACACCAAUCGCUUAAAAUCAUGAAUCUGUAGCACGGUUUUUUUUUUUUUUCAGGAACAAUUCUUAAUUUCAUUUUUUUUUCUUUUUCCCUUUCCAUUUAUAGUGAAUUUUUCUGUUUGGUGUGAUGGAAAAAUCUGUGGCAUGUGAUGGAACCGUUGAAAAGCUUAUAGAAAUGGGGUUUGAGAGUUGUGCGGCGGAACAAGCUGUUAAAGAAGUCGGUCCGUCGUUGGAUAAAGCUGUGGAUUAUUUAUUGAACGGUUCUUCGAGCAGAAAUUGUGAAGGUAUUGGUACCAUGACCAGUAGUUCUGAAUGCUUUGCAAGCAGCAGAAGUGGAAAGAGAAUGCUGUCUGGCUCUGCCUAUUCGGGUCGAAAGCGACAGUCUAGUAUACUGGAGCAUUUCCGGUUGCCACGCAGCGUGAAACGAGGCAUGCUUAGUAGUGAUGUGUCUAAUGUUUUGGUUUCUGGGUCGAAGGUUUUGCCGCUUAGUGUGAAUGGAUGUAAGGAAUCGUGUGUUAGCGAGGAUUGUGGUAAGGUCGAGGAUGCAGUGGAUGGUUUGCCAGUUUGGUGUAAAGAAGAGGUGAGUUUUGGAUUGGAUUGGGAGGAGAGAGCGAAUAGGGUAUUGCAAGAGCGUUUUGGUUAUGGUUCAUUAAAGGGUUUCCAAAAGGAAGCCUUGGCUGCUUGGGCAGCUCAUCAAGAUUGCCUUGUUCUCGCAGCUACAGGAUCUGGAAAAUCUUUGUGUUUCCAGAUUCCAGCAUUACUAACAGGAAAGGUUGUGGUUGUGAUUUCACCGUUGAUUAGCUUGAUGCAUGAUCAGUGCUUAAAGCUAUCAAAACAUGGGGUCUCUGCGUGCUUUCUUGGAUCUGGGCAGCCUGAUAGCAGUGUGGAAAAGAAAGCAAUGAGAGGCACGUAUGACAUAAUAUAUGUCUGCCCAGAGACAAUUUCAAGACUGAUAAAACCGCUCCAGGGACUUGCAGAAAGUCGUGGCAUAACCUUGUUUGCUAUUGAUGAAGUUCAUUGUGUUUCUAAGUGGGGACAUAAUUUUCGGCCUAGCUACAGGCAAUUGUCUGUUAUCCGGGAGAACUUCAGUGCUUGCAAUCUAAAAUUCUUAAAAUUCGACAUCCCGCUGAUGGCGUUGACCGCAACUGCCACAAUUCCAGUUCGAGGAGAUGUGCUUAAAGUGCUGAGCAUGUCAAAGGAAACGAAGGUUGUGCUUACUUCGUUUUUUCGGCCAAAUCUACAGUUCUCGGUAAAACAUUGUAGAACCUCUUCUCCAUCUUCUUAUGGGAAGAAUCUCAGCCAUUUGAUAGACAUAUAUGCUGGGAAGAAAAAGUCUAAUGAAAAGAAGUGGAGUAGUAUCGCAGAAGAAUUAGAUGGUUGCUCUGAUAGCUCUGCUGAUAAUAGCAUAUCUGAUGGAGAUGUAUCUUUUCCAAAUGACAUGAACAGAAUUGAAGAUGAUUGCUGUGAUGUAGAUGAUGAUGAGUUAAAUUUAACAAAGGAAAAUGGAUUGACUGCUUCAAGGGAAAAAGAAAUGUCAAUUGAAUAUUUGGAAAAUGAUGUAGAUGUCUUUCACAUUGUGGAUGAUUGGGACGUUGCAUGUGGUGAAUUCAGUGGACAAUCUCCUUGCAAGGACCAGUAUAUUUGCGAGUCAUCUGAAACAGUUGAUCCCUCUAGUAAGAUAGAAGACAGGUCGAAACUUUUGCCAGAGCCUUUAGAAGAGGGACCAACCAUCAUUUAUGUUCCUACAAGAAAACAAACAUUGAGCAUCACAGAGUAUCUUUGUGGUUUUGGUGUGAAAGCUGCUGCUUAUAAUGCAUCAUUGCCAAAAUCACACCUAAGGCAGGUCCACAAGGAAUUCCACGAAAAUUUGAUACAGGUGGUUGUCGCCACAGUUGCUUUUGGAAUGGGAAUUGACAAAUCAAAUAUCAGAAGAAUUAUUCACUAUGGCUGGCCACAGAGUUUGGAAGCAUAUUAUCAAGAAGCAGGCCGUGCUGGAAGGGAUGGGAAACUAGCAGAAUGCGUUCUGUAUGCAAACCUGUCAAGAACACCAUCACUUUUACCAAGUAAAAGAAGUGAAGCUCAGACAAAACAUGCGUUCAAGAUGUUGUCUGAUUGUUUCAGGUAUGGAAUGAAUACCUCAUGUUGUCGAGCUAAAACACUUGUAGAGUAUUUUGGGGAGGAUUUCAGUUAUGAGAAGUGCCUCUUGUGCGAUGUGUGUGUCAAUGGGCCUCCACAAAUGCAGGAUUUGAAAGAGGAGGCUGAUAUUUUAAUGAAGAUCAUUGCAGCGUAUCAUCUAAGUUUUCAGGAACAGAACCAUUCUAUUGAUAGCUCAUAUGAUGGUAAAUGUAAUGACACGAAAUCACAGAGAGCGGUGCAUAAGCCAAACCUCAGAAUGUUCGUCACUAAAAUAAAGGAGCAGCAUCAAAAAUUUUGGACAACAGAUCAGCUAUGGUGGCAAGGUCUAGCUCGGAUUAUGGAAGGCAAAGGAUACAUCAGAGAGGGUGAUGAAAAGAGCCAUGUCCAGAUAAAAUGCCCGGAGCCAACAAAAUUAGGACUUGAGUAUCUGGAAUAUGAUAGAGAGCAACCACUCUCUGUUUACCCUGAAGCUGAUAUGCAACUCUCAGUGAACAAACACAAAUCAUAUUCUUCUUUUGCGGAAUGGGGCAAAGGUUGGGCCGAUCCAGAGAUCCGUCGUCAGCGCUUAGAAAGAAAGCAAUCAAAUAGAAAGCCACGAAAGCCGAGACGGGCGAGAAAAUCUGGUAAAAUGAAACUGGAUUUCAAAACCGCCAGGGGUAGAAUAGCAGCAAAACUCCUUUUCAAACAGAAGUGAGUAAUGAUAUUAACCGAGUCUUUUGUCCUUGUAAGUGCAUGUUUUUGUGUCUUACCCUUCAGCCUCCUUAAUAUCCCAUAUAGAACUUCUGAUCACAAAAGCACGGUGUUUUUGACCAAAAUUGGAUAUGUUGAGAUUUAGGUAUACUGUUUAAUAGCGGUGUCUUUCCAUAAGAAAAUUACAGGGAAAAAUCUCAGAAACAUUGUUUCAUGACAGAGAAAAAUAAAUAAAAAAACUCAGCUCCAUGAUGUGAAAAAGGGAGUUCUAUGUCGUAAAGCAACGUCACAUGUUCCAUCUGGUACAGUACAAAAGGAGUGCAUUAAACAAAAGUGAUGUCCCUCGAUGAGAGCAAGGAAUCAUUUCGAGCACCAUAGAUGCAUAGACACGAAGAAAAGCGUUUCAAUAUAUUCUUUUGUAAAUUUGUUCUCCUGAUGCAUAGACACGAAGAAAAGCUUUGUUCAUGGGCUGUAGCCAUCUUAUUUUUGCCAUUGCUGGAUUCUCCGCGUCGUUCUUUCUCCUCUUGCCGAACUUGAAGCUAUGGCACAAGCAACAAAUCACAAAAGAGAAACUGAGGAUUGUAGCUGAGGUGUUGGAAAAUGCUGAAGAGAGGGCUCGCAAAUUUCAAGAAAGGCAUGAUCACAUACUAGGUCAAGUAAGCUCAUAUUAUUUGAUCAAUGAAGAACUCGGAGAUGCAUUGGCUGGUGCUAGGGCUGCAAUGAAUGAGGCAACGAAGUUCGCUGUCAGAUUGAGAGAAGUGCAAAUGAGAGUCCUGAUCAAUUUCCCAGAUGAAGCUGAUCUUUCAAUGUUGGAUAGCCCAUGUACAAAUGCAGCCAGGCCUGGGAACAAUUAAAGUGCUAAAAAAAGAGCAGCUUCAACAUGGGCUUUGGCUUUAGCUGCUCGGCUUGGUCAUGCUAAAACUGUUUAACUAAUCCAGAGCCUCCCCUACACUACUAGACAUUCGGAAACCAUGGGUUAAUUAUUCCUCUUGGCAUGUGUAUAAUGUUUGUUCCCACCCCUUUCUCCCUGUAUAUUUUCAAUAAUAUGUACUAGCAAGCAUCUGCAUUGCUAUU